AUGGAGAUUCUUGCUUUCCAAGAGCAACAAGCAUCACAGGGCCUUGAAGACGUCCUCAGCCAGUCAACUAAGGAUUUGGACCAAGUGACGGAGGAGGUAUCUCAGUUGCAGCAGAAGGUGUUCGGUGCUACACGAUUCAUGAAGGAGCGCGUGCAGCAGUUUGUGGAUAAGAACAACAGUUCCCUCCAGUCCUUGGUGGACGGUCUCGGUCCACAACAGGACGAGAUGGAGAAGGACAUUGAAAUGCAGAAGGCCAAGAGGAUUAUGGAGGCAGUGACCGAAAUUGUACAGCAAGGGAUGAACGACACCAAGGACGAGGUCAAGGGACGGAUUGCUCGCAUGGGAGCCAGUGUGAAGAAUUUACGCUCCGCAAAUGAUGAUAAAAGGCGUGCUGUGAAGGGUGUUUUCUCUAACAUUUCAAGCGGCAUUGCUGAUCUUCGAGAAAAGGAAGCCAUGGCUGACACGGAGGCCUCCAAUGAAGUUGCACGCAAGAAGUCUGAAGCUGGCGAGAAGGUGGCUUCGUGGGAGCACAAUCUAGAGUCAACCAGCCUUGGCAACAGUACAACUGACCAAGAGCAGGUUGAGGCAACGUGCAAUGCAGGAGCUGACAAGCUCGUCACUAUGAUUUCAGGAAGUUAUGGUGCACAGCAGGAGAAGCUCACAAGUAUCGCAUCCUCGCUUGUUAAGUCAUCUCAUUCUGUGCCACUGGCACUGGACCACCACAAGCAGCAAGUUGAGGACGUCAAGGGAAGCAUGAAGAGACAUCUGGAGGAGGAUCUGAAGGCAAGUAUAGUCAAACCCUUCAUUCUUUGUCAGCAUGGGCUUCUGUGGUGUAUUAUGUUGACGUGA